CUGUUCAUUGGUCAGAUAUCGUACAACGCAACCAAAAAUGAUCUAGAGAGAUUUUUCACAAAGAAGGGAUUUCAGGAUUUCAAAAUACGCUGGCUUACAGACAAGAAAACGAAGACCAAUCGUGGACUCGCAUUCAUCCAAUUUGCGCAGAAGAGCGAGGUCCCGAAAGCCCUCAAGCUUGACUGCUGCCUCUUCUUCGGCCGAAGGUUGAGAAUCGAACGAACAGCUUCAGGUGGUGGCAACAAGUUGAAGAGGAAGAAUCGUAUCAAGAAGGCAAAG